GAUGGCACCCUAACCGACUCUAUCGCAGCAGUCGAGGCUGCCUGGGGCAAGGUCGCAAAGGACAUCGGUCAAGACCCGAAGCACGUCAUCGCCGCGACCCACGGCAAGCGCGCGAUCGACAACCUCGCCGAGUUCAAGCCUGACAUCAAGAAGCACGAGAUGGACGACGCCGUGCGCCAGUUCGAGGAGACCAUCCUCUACUUCGCUGACGCGUACAACCUCCACGGGCCGGGCUCCCAGCCGUCCACGCCCGGCAGCUGGACGCCCAUGGUCUCCACUCCGCUCUCCUCCGGCGCGGCCACC